AUGGCUUCAUGGUAUGAUGGAGCCCUCACCACGAAGCAACUUCGCGAUAAUCUCAAUGUGCUUUUCGUCGCCGGUCAAGAGAACUCCCAAUUGCUGAUUAUUUCAUCUUUAUACCUGCUUGCGAAGUAUCCGAUACAAGAAAAGCUUCGCAAUGAAAUCAAUACCUCUACCCUCAAGAAUAUCCUGCGCCCUCCAUACGAUCUACAAAACCUGCCAUAUCUAACCGCAACAAUAUUGGAGUGUUUAAGACUAUUACCACCCAUAUCACAACUCGUUAACCGACGCGUAUCCGAGCCUGCUUGGCUUGCAGACCGCAUUUACCUGCCGCAAGGCACAUACGUUGGGUACAAUGCAUACUCCACAAACAGGGAUCCAGAAGCCUGGGGAUCAGAUGCCGAUGAAUUUCGACCAGAGCGGUGGGGUAUCAACAGUGAGCAGAUUUCUCGAAAUUAUCGCCGAGCCAAGGCUCGUGCUGAAUUUGUUUCUUUUCAUGGUGGCUCUCGGGCAUGUUUGGGCGAGAAGUUUGCUCUGUUGGAAGUGCGAGUUACACUUCUCGUUCUGACCAACACUCUUCGGUGGAAGUUGGAUUCAGCAUGGGAGGAUCGGAUGACUUCGGCUGGGCGCCUGCAUCCACGAGAUGUUCGGCUUCAUUUCAGGAGAGUAUGA